CUGCUUUUCCCGUCGGCCCCCGCGGCGGUCACAUGACCGGGGCGGGCGGAAGAUGGCGGAGCCGCCCGGCGCCGCGGCCGAGGACUCGUGGGGGAAGGUGGACGCUGCCUACAGCGACAAUGGCCUGGACUCAGCGCUCUUUAUGGAAAACGCGAGGAAAGGAAGCAUAGUGUCACGAGCCAACAGUAUCGGCUCCACCAGUGCCUCUUCUGUCCCCAAUACAGAUGAUGAGGACAGCGAUUAUCACCAGGAGACCUACAAGGAGUCGUACAAGGACCGGCGCAGGCGGGCGCACACCCAGGCGGAGCAGAAGAGGCGAGACGCCAUCAAGAAAGGCUAUGAUGACUUGCAGGCCAUUGUUCCUACCUGUGAGCAGCAGGAUUUCUCCAUAGGCUCCCAGAAGCUCAGCAAGGCCAUCGUCCUCCAGAAAACCAUUGACUACAUCCAGUUCCUGCAUAAGGAAAAGAAGAAGCAAGAGGAGGAAGUUUCUACCCUCAGGAAAGACGUAAUGGCCUUGAAGAUCAUGAAAGUGAACUACGAGCAGAUUGUGAAAGCUCAUCAGGACAACCCAAACGAGGGGAAGGACCAGGUCUCUGAUGAGGUGAAGUUCAAUGUUUUCCAAGGCAUUAUGGAUUCCUUGUUCCAGUCCUUUAACGCCUCCAUCUCAGUAACGAGUUUUCAGGAGCUCUCGGCAUGCGUCUUCAGCUGGAUUGAGGAGCACUGCAAACCCCAGACGCUGCGGGACAUUGUGAUCGGGGUCCUGCACCAACUGAAGAGUCAGCUCUACUGAGCCUUCCCCUUGCAGUGCCAGCAGCGCCGGGGCUGCCGCCGCCUCUACACCCACGGGGACGGGGCACCUCCUGCCCGGGGGCCUGGGUGAUGGGUGCCAGGAAGGGCUGGGCCAUCUCCCUCAUGGCUGUUCUUAAAGCUUCUCUGAAUUAUUUAUUGUAUUAACUACGAAACCAAAACGAGGCUGUGCAGACACCUCUGCUCCACAGGUACUGUCACAGUUGAUAUUACCAAAUAUUUGUAGGGACUUAGCAAAGAGAGGAAAAAAAAGCGUGUAUUGAGUAGAGGUCUUUUAUGGUGCCAGAGAGUCUUUAGCUCAGGCAGGCACGGUGGGGUCUGCCUGUGUCACUGACUCUCCACUGCGAAGCAGAUCUGCUUUGUAACCUCAGGCCUCUGACACAACCCCUUCUGAUCCUGGGGGAGGGGGAAUGAAACAAGAAUGGAUGCUAAAAGCUGUUGGUUUCUGUAAAAACAGACUAUAAAUAGGCUUCUCCUGUAACUGCAGGCUUUCUUGUACCUCCCUCUGAACCAGCUCUUACAGGGCAGGGUUUUUAAGUUAAGUUGUGUAGAUGCUUUGGAGAAGCUGGCAGAGCUGGUUGAAGGAUGAGCCCCUCACCACCAGGGAGACCCUUACUCAGCACAGCCACAACCUCCCUGGUGCAGGGCUGGCAGCACGGGCUGGGGAUUGCUAAAACCUGACCUCUUCUGCUGUAGCUGUAGUUCCCCUGAAAGGGAGAUGGGAGUGAGCUUUCUGUGCCGGCUUUUCCUGAGCGAGUGCUGAAACGUGUGUGGCUUCAUGUCUUUGGGUUUUGAUGUGGCCGUACUGAACAGGAAAGCAGUUCAGCAGCUGUAGGACAGCACUGCCACAAGCUCACGCUGCUCCUCCUUAGAACUUUUAUAUACGCACAUGUAUACAUAAUCAGCCUUGAUUUGAUUUUAUUUUUUUUGUUUUUAUAAAUCACUGAAAUCAUCCUGAAGUAUUAUCAGUGUCAGCUUUGCAGACAGAUGCUCUCUGGAACACUUUUUAACCUGUCACAUGCUGCUGCUGUCAGUAUGGUUCAUGGCUCUGGCCAACACAAAUACAUUGUGGCAUGGUGUAGCCAUUGCCCAGGCCAUGGUUGUUCACCGCACAGAGCGAUUGUAUCAGGGUCUUCCCGCAUGGUGAUGCUGGCAGCAGUAUUUGUUCUCUGUAAUCAUGUUCGUGCUCCCGCUCCAGGGUAGUGGAUAUUUAUUUUUACACUGUUUUUCCACUGUCGAUGAGGUAGCACUUGGCUCCAGGUUACAUGGUUUGAAUGCUGCAGCAUGAGAAUGUUUAAAGCUACUGCUCCACUUCAUUUAGUAGUGGAGAACCCACUCGGGGGUAUGAUUUCUAUACAGAAUUAUUCUUCAAACCCUGCCUUUGGGUGUCCUUUCCAAGGCAAUGCAAAGAGUCAAACCCUGCGGUGAUGCACAUCACUGAUAAAGCAUGCACGGGGUCAGCUGUGUCCAGCCUGGAAGAUGUUGCUUUGUGAUGAAAAAAAUCCUCUGUUGUAGGUGAGCAGGUUAGGGUUAGGGCUCUGCAGCUGAACAAGGGGCACAGACUGAACCCCUGGAGAUGUUCUGCCAGAAGCUGCCUUGGGAGGAGGACAUGGAGUUUUACAGACCUCACAUGUGAAAGCGACAUAUUUUUCUAUUGUGAAAAAUAAUUAAAUAAAUUUUGCUGAAUGGUUUAA